GUUCCUACAGAUGAAAGACAUUUUCCUAACAAGUUGAAGGAUCAUUGGUCAGGCUGUGAAUCUGAAGGAAAAUUAAGACCAAAGAGCAUUCUACAGAAUUGGAAAUAAAGUUAUACAAAUGUAUAGACUUCAUUAUUAGAUUAUUAUUUUGACAGGUAUUGCUGAACUGGGAAGUGACUCACACAAAAAAAGAACAAUGCAGAGUUUGAAUUGUUUGUUCACAUCAUUUUCCUGCCUGUCUUGGAUUAUUUGCAGUGUCUAUCUGGACAGAGCAGAGUCCAUUGUUUCUGGUGCUGAAUCAUGGAGGAGUAACAAUUCCAUGGAUGCCAUUAUUAAUUUGAAAAAGGAAGGGCAAGAAUGGACGGUCUGUAAUCUCUGUAAGAACAAGGCUGUGAAGUCCUGUCCGAUCUGCGACCAGUCCUACUGUCCGUUCCAUGUUAAGAAGCACUGUAAGGAAACCACUCACACACUGGUAGUGAUGAAUAGACCAUUAAAGGAGAAACUCUGUCAGGAGCAUCAGAGACCUCUGGAGGUGUUCUGCAGGACAGACCAGAAGUCCAUCUGCACCCUCUGUUCAGUGACAAAGCACAGAGGACAUGAUACCAACUACGAUGACAAAAAACAAGCUGGAAGACAGAACUUGUAUCCAGAGCAAAUUUGGAGACCGUCCUCACUUGACACUCCUCUGCCUCCUCCAUGUGAGAUCCAGUUCCUUUCAGUGAUGUCUGGCUCGGUUUCUCUGAGCUGGGGGCCUCCUGAAGGACUGAACGGACCACACAAGUUCAUAGUAACCUGGGGAUAUAAUGAAGAACCGCUCAGCCUGAGGGUAGAUGGUUGUAGUGUUACAAUAGAUGAACUCCAGCCUGGUAAAUGUUACCAGUUCCAUGUAGCCACAGAGGGGGAAGAUUGUAGUCGAAGCCGAUUGGUCUCAGCAUCUGUAUUAACAGUGGUCCCCGUACCCAGGGAUUUACAAGUAAACCGGUCUGGAGAAAACUCCUUCACUCUUAACUGGUCCAAGCCUGAAGGAAUGGAGAAAGUCCCUCAAUGCUUCCUCAUAUCCUACUGCAGCCCAAACACAAAGACCUGUGCAGCUACUACUGAGGACUGUUACAGAACUCUCUCUGAUCUACAACCUGGAACUCAGUACACUGUCAGUGUCUCAACUGUUCUGAACGGAGAGCAGAGUGAACCUGUCUCUACAACCAUCUGCACUGGACCAACAGAUGCAGCUUCAGUCUCAGCAGCCCUGUCUGCCCAUCCCCAUAGCCCUGAACCAGCCCUACUCCCAACUGAAAGAGUAUCCUCAUUCAUGGAGCUGUUGCUAAGGAUUGGUCUAGAAGAUCACUAUGGAAAUAAGCUGACAUUAAGUACUGUCCUGGAGAUAAAUGCAGAUACCACAUCAGAUGAGACACCUAACACUCUGCAGUCACUUCCAGUGGCUUUCCUGAAGAAGUUAAUGAUGGCAAAUUUUAAUGCCAGGAGUGUGAUGGUGAAAGGUGACUUGGAUAACAGUGAAAAGAUGAAUCCAUUAGAUUUGAUUACUGCUGUCUUUCUGUGUUCAGAUGGUUUGCUACAGCAGCAGAUUGCCCAGAAAAUGUCCAUCUGUCAGUUUGCUGUUCCUCUCCUGCUGCCAAACUAUGAUACUAAACAAAGCACCUUGAUGCUCUGGGCCUUGAGGGACAUAGUGAAGAAGUAUAGACUGUCUUCACAAACAGACUCAAUGUCCUUCAUAGAGGAGAGGAUUGUUGCCUCUGAUAUUCCUAUGGUGUCCUUUGUGAGGCUAGGAGAGAGCAGUUUGUCCAAGUCACAGAUUUUAAACAAGUUGCUUUGUGACUCUCAACAGUACCAUGACACCUUUGUUCAUCAUGAUAUGGAAUGUGGUGAUGUUCCUCGUGUAAUCUCAGAUGGCCUAGUUGAAAUCAGCUGGUACUUACCAUGUGGGAAUAGAAACAUGGACAGGUUCACUACUCCUGUGGCUGUCGCCAAUCUCAGGGGAGACAUCAAGUCCUUUGAAAAAACGUUUUCCUUUCUGUGUGAAACAUCAGCUGCAGUGUUUGUUUUCAUUGAAAAAUUAGAGGAAGAUUUUAAGAUUUUGCAAGGCCAACCCUCCAAAACACAGUUAUUUCUGGUUGUCAACUCUCAGAAAGAACAAUUCACAGAUGAGACAUUGGCAAAACUCACCACAAAAUGCAGUAUCGAUCCAACAAAUAUGAUUGUUAAGAAAAGGGAAAAUUGUGCAAACUUUGUUAAGAUUCUGCUGUCAUCUGUCAAUGACAUCCUCUAUAAAAGUCCAAAUCCAGUGAAAAUUGAAAGCAUGGCUGACAUUGCCUGUGAGAGUGGAAUUCUGGUUGAUGAAAACUGUAAUGACUGUCAGAGUGCCAGGAAGUUGGCUGAGGAAAUCACUAGAAAUAUCCCAGACACAGUCAAAUUCAGCUACCCCUACAAGGGUCAAUCUGGAAAGAUAUUUCCCAGUUGGAAAAAGAGAUGUGUAGACUGAAAAAUGCAGG